AUGUCUCUUCGCAAAGGAGUUUACUGCAUUCAGAAUGUUGGAUCAGGUCAACCAUGGGUCGCAACUAGCUCUGUUUCACGCGGGUUACUACCGCUCCCAGUGCCUCUAAGGACGAUAUUAUCAGAAGACAGAAGGACUCCAUUGGAGAUCAUUCCGAUCGACGAUGAUAAAUAUCAACUUAGAGUGUAUGGCGACUUUGUAUUCAGGGAUAAAGAAGACCUCAAGGAGCCGGUUAAAAUUAGUUUCGAAGCAAUAGAAAUCGAGGAUAUAUGGUGGGUCAUUGAACGCGGAAGUAGUGAGGGUCACUUUAGAAUUAAAGAUGUCGUUUCUGAAGGUUAUUGGACAAGGCAUAAAGGCGAAAAAGAAGGUAAGACCGUUGAGAAAUAUGGAGAAGGAGAAUAUGAGAUAGAAGGCGAAGGUGUCCCGAUUCGCCUAGAGCAAGCAAACGGAGACCUUCUCCAAGAGUGGAGAAUCAUACGCAAUUGA